GUUGUAUUUUUGCCCUUUCAUUUUCCCCUUUCCCACACUUCAGUAUUUUUCUGUUGUCCUAUCUGCUUCUUUCUCUCCCUCUUCUUCCAUUUUUCCCGUCCAGCACUUUAAAGAUUAUUCUUUCUCCUGUUAUUCCACCUUCUUUCUUCCUCUCUUCCUUCAUUAGCCCUCUCCCCUCUUUUAUUCCAGCAUGGUGAGGUUGAGUGAAGCUAUGUCAGGCUGCUGAGCUGAUUGCUGGCUGCUGCAGGAAAGAAAGAUGAGGAAGCGCUUUGUGGUGACUGGGGUCCUGACUGCAGUCCUGCUGGGGCUCAUCUUGUUCCUGGCACUCUUCUUUGGGCUGCGCUCGGACUCAGAGGAUGCACACAUCUAUAAAAGGGCAGCUGUGGCUACAGACGCAGGACCAUGCUCAGUAAUUGGAAGGGACAUCCUUCAGCAAGGUGGAUCUGCUGUGGAUAGUGCGAUUGCAGCACUGCUCUGUGUAGGACUCAUGAACGCUCACAGCAUGGGCAUUGGAGGAGGGCUCUUCUUUACCAUCUAUAACAGUGCAGGAAAUGUGGAAAUCAUUAAUGCGAGAGAGGUGGCUCCUAAAAGAGCAACAGAAGACAUGUUUGGGAACAACACACAGAUCUCUCAGAAAGGAGGACUGUCCAUUGCUGUUCCAGGAGAAAUCCGUGGCUAUGAACUGGCACACCAACGUCAUGGCAAACUGCCUUGGAGAGACUUAUUUCUGCCCAGCGUCAAGUUGGCAAGAGAAGGAUUUCCUAUUGGGAAAGGCCUUGCAUCAGCCAUGAAAUCUAAACAACAGUCAAUUGAAAGCAAUCCUUUACUGUGUGAAAUUUUCUGCAAAGAUGGGAAAAUCCUGCAGGAGGGUGAUAUUGUCAAGAUGCCUAAACUAGCCAACACGUACCAGACUAUAGCUGAUGAAGGAGCAGAUGCCUUUUACACAGGAAGCCUGGCAGAUCAGAUCAUCGCUGACAUCCAGAGUGUAGGGGGCAUUAUCACAAUGGAAGACAUGCGGGACUAUAAAGCAACAGUAGAAGACCCUAUCGAGGUCAGGCUUGGAGACUACACCCUAUACACACCUAAUGCCCCCCUGAGCGGCCCGGUGUUAGCCCUCAUUUUCAACAUACUGAAAGGAUAUAAUUUCUCUGCUGACAGCAUCAAAACUGUGGAGGAGAAAGGUCUGACUUACCACCGCAUCGCGGAGGCCUUUCGCUUUGCCUACGCCAAGAGGACUUUGCUGGGAGAUCCAAAGUUUGUCAACGUUACAGAGGCAAUCAGAAACAUGACGUCUGAGUUCUUUGCGGAUAGUCUCCGAAGGAAAAUCACAGACAACACCUCCCAUCCAAUUGAAUACUACGAGCCAGAAUAUUACACUGCAGAUAGUGCCGGCACAUCCCACCUCUCCAUUGUGGCUGAUGAUGGCAGUGCUGUGUCCGCCACCAGCACCAUCAACCAAUACUUUGGCUCUGAUGUAGUAUCCAGUGUGAAUGGAAUCAUAUAUAAUGAUGAGAUGGAUGACUUCAGCUCACCUCACAUUAUCAAUGGAUUUGGGAUCCCUCCUUCUCCAGCAAAUUUCAUAGAACCAGGUAAACAGCCAUUGUCCUCCAUGUGCCCUUCCAUUUUGGUGGACAAAACAAAAAAGAUCAGGAUGGUGGUUGGUGCUUCUGGAGGAGCAAAAAUAACCACAGCAACAGCACUGGCAGUCAUCAAUUCCAUCUGGUUUGGUUAUGAUGUGAAGAAAGCAGUGGAAGAGCCCAGAAUUCACGAUCAGCUGUUUCCUGAUGUCACAGAGCUUGAGGAGCAAAUAGAGGAGGGUGUAGAAGAGCAACUACGGAUGAGAAAACACAACACCACACGGGGGGGCAGCGGCAUCUCGGUUGUGCAAGCCGUUCUCAGAACAGAUGAUGGAUGGGCUGCAGCCUCUGAUUCCCGGAAAGGUGGCAUCCCUGCAGGCUACUGACCCAGCUCAGCUCUUCUUCAUCAGGGCACUAGUGACACUGAGGUGUGUCUGGGAGAAAGAUCCUUUAGGUCUGCAAUGCAGGGACUUUAACAGGAAAGGGAGCAAAUUUGCCUGUGGUUCUAUUGACAGAACUGGGACUUUGCUUCUCAACAAUCACAACUGAAGUGCCUCGUGCCACAGCAGUGUGCUGAAACAAACCAGGAUGCGACCUACUUGGAAAGUCUGUUCUGCCUUGAAGAGUUUGAUUCCUGCUUCCUCUC